AUGGGCGGUGGGUCCGGCAGUGCUCUGGCACCCGCCGGGUUCGGCAACCUACGCCGCGAACGACGACGUGGUGGGCCGCGUCGACGCGGGCCCAACCGUUGGUGCGCGGGGAUGCGCUGGCCUAUUGUAGCCAUCGUUGUAGUGGCCAUGGCCGGUGCUUCACCAUCCGUUUCUCCAGAAAAUGUGAAACAUGCUGCCAUGUUUGGUCUGUCAGCAGCAGCAAUGAAGUCUAAGCUCUUUGCCGAUCAAGAGGAACGUGAAGUUCAAAGGCCAGCUGCUACUGUAAUAAAUCAUCAGUUAAAGAGAUUGGAGUUGAAGCUGAAGCAGUUUGCGGAAGUUGAGACCUUGCUCUUGAAGGAAUGUGAGCAAGUAGAAAGGGUUAGACAGAGGAUUUCAGCUGAACGAGUCAGGACGAGGCAGGCAUGA